UGGGUGGGGCGAAACUUACCAACAUUUGUUAUGGAAGAUGUCAUUCGUAAGAGGAGCAAUGAUAACUGCGUCGAAGUCAAAAAUAUUGACUCUUGCUAGGGCAUCAGCUCGUCUCGGCAGCCUCAAUGCGAGCGAACAGCUACACCGGCUUCCCCAAAACCCGCAGCCCGUCUACACAGCGGGGCUUCGCUGCUUCAGCAACGUCUCCGUCCAGGAGAAGCCCGGAGCGUCUGGGCCAUCUGAGGAUAAAGUGCACCUCACUGAGUCAUGUGUGAAGAGACUCGGAGAGAUCAUGGAGAAAGGUGAAUUCCUGAGAAUACACGUGGAGGGAGGAGGCUGCUCCGGCUUCCAGUACAAGUUUUCUAUUGACAGCAACAAGAAUGAGGAUGACAGAAUGUUCGAGCAGGAAGGAGUGGGCAUUGUGGUGGACCAGGACAGCCUGGAGUUCGUGAAAGGAGCCACCGUGGACUUCAGCCAGGAGCUGAUCCGGUCCACCUUCCAAGUGCUCAAGAAUCCUCAGGCUGAUCACGGCUGCUCCUGUGGCAGCUCCUUCUCUGUCAAACUAUGAUUCCCUGCUUCAGUAUAACUCAACAAUCGGAUUUAAUAGUUCAAAUAUUAGAGGUACUUCUCUAACGCUGACACAACAGGUGUACCUAAUAAACUGGUAACUCAGAGCAUUAUAUCAGCCUGUCUAUAAUAUGUUGAGUUCCUCAUCCAAUUCACUAUAAACUACAUCCAGUGACACUGAAACUGGUAGAUAAUACCUAUUUUUUGCUUUUUUUGCAUGUGAAAAUGACUUGAACCGAAUGGACAGCAGAUGCAUUGAUUGAUCAGGGCACUAUCUAGACAUAAAUAGAUAACCAAAGCUCACAAAAUUCCACUGUAAAGGCUCAUUUUAAAUGUUUGAGAAUCCUGUGUGUAGACUCACCUUUAUAUGUAAAAUAUGUAAAUAGGCCAUAAGUAUAAAGUUCAAAGCUAUAUUAUAUGUGUUUCAUCUGGAAUAAAUGGAGUGAAUUUAAAAUG